GUCCAAGAAAAAUGCUUAAUUAUAUUUUUAAAUUUUUUAAAAAAUUAAAAAACCUACCGACCGAUUAAAAAAAAAAAAAACUUUCUUCGCUUUAUCAAAAUUUCUUCUUCUUCUUCUCUGUUUCUUUCUUAAUUCUGCUUCGUGUCACUAUUUGAAUCUGAUUUCGUCUCGUUUCUUUCAAUCUUCUUCCCCGAAUCUGAUUCUCUCUCACGUUUUUUGGAUUUCAAAUCUCAACGGAAAGCGAUCUCUUCUCAUAUCCCUCCCUUUGAAAUCUCCCUAAAAUCUCGACCUCUGUCGUUUAGUGACAAUUCGGAUUUUUGUAGCUCCGAUUCACCGUUUUAAAUCGAUUCCGGAAGCUACAGAUUCGAUUCCAGAUUCAAAUUUCUAUUUCCCCCUCACGGAUUCGCUGGAAAAUCGAGUUAAAAAAUGGCGAAGCGUGGUUAUAAGCUACAGGAGUUUUUGGCACAUUCUGCAAAUGUGAAUUGUCUAAGUAUCGGAAAGAAGACAUCACGGCUCUUUAUAACUGGUGGUGAUGAUUACAAAGUCAAUCUUUGGGCGAUUGGCAAGCCUACUUCUUUAAUGAGUCUGUGUGGACAUACUAGUGCAGUGGAUUCAGUAGCUUUUGACUCCGCUGAAGUUUUGGUACUUGCUGGAGCUUCUUCGGGUGUGAUAAAGCUGUGGGAUGUUGAAGAAGCAAAGAUGGUUCGAGCUUUUACUGGACAUAGAUCCAAUUGUUCUGCUGUUGAAUUUCAUCCCUUUGGUGAAUUUUUGGCAUCGGGAUCUAGUGACGCGAAUCUAAAGAUUUGGGACAUCAGGAAGAAGGGAUGCAUACAGACGUACAAGGGUCAUUCUCGUGGCAUCAGCACUAUCAGGUUUACUCCCGAUGGUCGUUGGGUAGUCUCCGGAGGACUUGACAAUGUUGUAAAGGUAUGGGAUUUGACUGCUGGAAAGCUUUUGCAUGAAUUUAAGUUUCAUGAAGGACCUAUCCGUUCGCUAGACUUCCACCCGCUUGAGUUCCUCCUAGCCACAGGUUCUGCUGACAGGACUGUAAAGUUCUGGGAUUUGGAAACGUUUGAAUUGAUUGGAUCUACCCGACCAGAGGCUACUGGAGUUCGUUCAAUCAAAUUUCAUCCGGAUGGGCGAACCUUAUUUUGUGGUUUGGAUGACAGCUUAAAGGUUUAUUCAUGGGAACCUGUGGUUUGCCAUGAUGGUGUUGAUAUGGGAUGGUCAACGCUUGGUGACUUAUGCAUCAGCGAAGGAAAGCUCCUGGGUUGUUCAUACUACCAAAAUUCAGUAGGGAUUUGGGUCUCAGAUAUAUCACAGAUUGAGCCAUACGGCAUUGGAUCUGCGGAUAAAAAAGAGUGCGUGGAGAAAAUACUCAGUGCUCUGGAUGAUCAGUCCUUCGAUAGAAUAAAGAGUACCCCAAGGCGCAGCUCAUCUCCAGAUUAUGAGACGAAAGAGAUCAAAAACAUAUACAUCGACUGCGGAAAUUCGGCUGUUGCACAUAAGUCAGGAUCUCUAAGUACUCCAGCAACUUCUACUGGACAAGCAGGGGAUAAUAAGUCUUUAGUAGUGCAUAGUGUUGUUCCACGGGAUAGUGAUAUUGGGAAAGACUCUUCUGAUUCAGGAAAGGAAUCUAUCACUUUCUCAAAAACAAAGCCAGGCAUGCUGUUGAGACCGGCUUAUGUAAGAAAGACGCCAACAAAGUUUGAUGAAACAAAGAAGCAGUCAGUGGCUGUUGGAUAUCUAAAGAAAAGUGGAUUGGAUGGUGAGAAGAAACUAGAUACUGAGACGGCGUUUGAUUCAGAAAUGAGUGGUAGGAACCCAUAUGAUGCCGACGAUUCUAUCAUCAAGAGUAUCACCAACAAGUUUGAACAAGCUUUAUUACCAGAAUCACCGACUGAUGAAGCAAAAUGUAUGCUGCUGAAACCGCCUCGUGUACAGAGAUCACCAAGUACUAAGUACAAUGAGGCAAGAUGGGCGACAUCUACUGAUUCUGGAGCUUUAGACAGUAAAAAGAAUGGGUUAGAGUCCUCAAGAGACAUGGACUUGCCAACAGGGCUCAGGGAUGACAGAGGUAGUAACCCAUGUGAGGAAGAUAUCGAGAACAAGAGCAUUUCAAGUAGGUCAGAAAGAGUUCUGUCACCAGAAAAAGCUGGUGAUGAACUAAAAAGCCUUGAAUCCCCUGGAGGUAGCAAAGAAUCAAAAUCUGUGAAGGUUGUUAGAGGAGUAAAAGUUGUUUCGGGAAGGACACGGUCAUUGGUUGAGAGGUUUGAAAGAGGAGAAAAAAUUACUCAUUCUGAAGAUAAAGCAGCCAGUGCAACAGUAGUUCAUAGCUCUAAUUCUGUAGAGGAAGAGCCCCUGACAGCAUCGGUACAGACAGUUAGCAUGAUGCCUACCCAGGUAAUGCCAGUUAAACUUGAUCAGGCAACUAACUCGACCACAGUUGACGUUCCUGUGUUAUCAACACGACGAACUAAGAGUACUCCAGUCAGAGUAAUGCCUGUAGUACUCGGUCGGGACACUAGCAUGGCAACUGAUACGCCUCCUGUAACAUCAACCCGACCUGAUAGGACUUCAGCUACUAAUUUGACAUCUGAUGUGUCUGGUGUAACAUCAAAACGACAAACUAGGACUUCUCCAGCCCCCGUCAUGCCAAUGAUACUCAAUCAGACAACAAAAAUGAAAUCUGAUGAGCCUUCUAUAACAUCAACAUGGCCUGAUAGGACUUCGGCUACUGAUUUGACAUCUGAUGUGUCUGGUGUAAUAUCAUCACGACAAACUAGGACUUCUCCAGCACCGGUCAUGCCAAUGAAACUCAAUCAGAAAACAAAAAUAAAAUCUGAUGAGCCUCCUAUAACAUCAACACGGCCUGAUAGGCCUUCAGCUACUAAUUUGACAUCUGAUGAGUCUCCUGUAACAUCAACACGACAAGCAAAGACUUCUCCAGCCCCAGUUACGCCUGUGAUACUAAAUCAGCGUCAAACAACUAACAUGAAAUCUGAUGAGCCUCCUGUAAUAUCAACAAGACCACUUAGGACCUCUUCGGCACGAGUAAUGCCUGUGAUACUCAAUCAAGCAUCUACCACGUAUGAUGAGCGUCCUUUAUCAUCUUCACGAUCGGCUAGAACUUCUCCUGCCCGUAUAAUGCCUAUGAAACUCAAUCAAGCAGAUAAUAUGCCAUCGUAUGAGCCUCCAGUUGCAUUAACACGAUCAGCUAGGAACUCUCCCGCCCGUGUAAUUCCUGUGAAACUUAAUCAAGCAACAAAUGUGACAGCUGAUGCAUCUCAUAUAAGAUCCAGGCAAAGAUUUAGUCCAACUCAAACGCUGGCAACACCUGCAGUAUUUGAUCAGGUGACUGAUAUGACACUGGAUGAGACUACAAAAACUCAACAAUCUUCUGAUAUCUUGACCCAGAAGGAAGAGCCUCAGAUAUCUGGGAGAGAGGAUGAUGGUGACAUUUGGGAGAUUUUAAUGCGAACUCAUAGUGAGGUCUUAAACACUCUUCAAUCACGGUUGACAAAAUUACAGAUUGUAAGACAUUUCUGGGAACGUAGUGAUAUUAAAGGCGCGAUUGCGGCCUUAAGAAAACUGUCAGAUCACUCUGUUCAAGCAGAUGUGAUCAAUAUUCUAACAGACAAAACAGAGAUUUUAACAUUAGAUUUAUUUUCUCAAUUAGCACCCGUCCUCACAGGCUUAUUGGGCAGCAAGACUGAGAGGCCUGUAAAUGUCUCCUUGGAAAUGCUCUUGAAGCUUGUAGCAGUGUUUGGCACAGUUAUACAAUCAACUGUUUCAGCACGACGAGUUGUCGGCGUUGAUCUUCAUGCAGAGGAAAGGUUACAGAUCUGCCAAAGCUGUUCUGCGGAAUUGCAAAAGGUUCAGAAGAUUCUUCCACUACUGACAAGAAGAGGUGGUCUUAUAGCAAGAAAGGCACAAGAACUAAACCUAGUUCUUCAAACACCAUAGCUCCUGGUUCAAAGUCAAGACCACUCGGAAUCACUUGCGAACUGUAACCCCCUCCUGCUGAGUUUUCCAAUUUGUACAAUGUACAUUAUCAAGAACCAUCUUCAUGUUCCUCCCGGUGCUUUUGUAUUGAAGAUUCGCUGAAAAGUCGCAGGUUCUUGUGCGGGGUUUGAUAUAGAAUUGUGCCAGGAGAACAUGAAAAGUCACUCGGGGAAAAACUCGGUAUAUUGCUGUAAAUCAAUCUGUCUGGGAUUAGAGUUGUAUGUGCUUCAGAUUCUUGAUUCAGUGAAUCUCAAAUGUGUAGCUGAAAUGGCAAUUACAAUGUCGUUCUAUGUGAAUGUAAUGUGCAAUCCUAAUGAGAAGACGCAAUCGGUAUAUGAAUUUCACUUGGCAAUCCACUUUUGGUCCCUCGACAUAUAUCUGAUUUUUGGAAUUGGUCAUGUGUCAUGUUGAGGUUAGAAUAUAGACCUAUCAAAG